GCUAGGGCCAUUAGUAAUACAACCGCAUGGGGUUAGGACAUUUUUAAGUGAAUAACGCGGUAGUUGCCUCACCCUCCUUGUAAACUGCCACCUCAUUCGACUCGUAUUGUUUCUACCAGUUUGUUUUUAUGCUGGCAGUAUAUUGCGGUAGCCGUAUAUCCACGGAGCAGACGACUUUUAGCUUGACUGUCCGAAACGGUAGCUGCACGUGCGCCUUCUUGUCAAGUGUACUAGCAGGAUACAAUAUUUUGUCGUCAAUCUUUUGACGUUUUUGCUUCAUUUUCGCUGUUUUUUCUGACACCAUUGUCAUCGUCAUCUGAAAAGAUGGAGAAGCAGCUCGCUGAAGCAGAGGUCAACCAUCAAGAUGAUCAUGACAGUGCCUCUGAGCCUUCAGCAAGAGCAGGUUGGAACAGUAAAAUCGAGUACUUUUUGGCGCAGGUGGGAUUCAGCGUCGGGCUUGGCAACGUUUGGAGGUUUCCAUAUUAUUGCCACCAGAAUGGAGGCGGAUCGUUUUUGUUGCUCUAUGUGGUGUUGAUGCUGGUCGUGGGCACUCCCUUGUUCUUCCUUGAGCUGGCAGCUGGUCAGGCUAUCCGACAGGGAAGCAUCGGAGUGUGGAAGUCCAUCUCUCCCAGGCUUGUAGGAAUCGGCUACUCCAGCUGUGUGGUGUGCUUCUUUGUGGCACUUUAUUACAACGUCAUCCUCGCAUGGAGCCUCUUCUAUCUUGGCAACUCUUUUCAGAGCCCUUUACCUUGGACAAAGUGUCCAGAGCAGGGGAAUAAUGUAACAGUUACGGAAUGUGAAGCGAGCUCCCCUACCUCGUAUUUUUGGUACCGUAAAGCGUUGGAUAUCACCGACUCCAUCAGCGAGACAGGCAGUUUCAACCCGUACAUUAUUGGCUGUCUUCUGGCGGCGUGGACCAUUGUCUGCCUGGGAAUGAUCAGGGGCAUCAAGAGCUCAGUCAAGGUGAUGUAUUUCUCCUCCAUCUUUCCCUACGUGGUACUGUUCUGCUUCCUUGUGCAAGGUUUUCUACUUGACGGGGCCUUGGAAGGGGUCACCCACAUGUUCUAUCCCAAGCUGGAGAUAUGGGCAGACAUUCAGGUGUGGCGGCAGGCAGCCACACAGGUCUUCUUUGCUCUGGGCCUGGGCUUCGGGUCCAUUAUCGCCUACUCCUCCUACAAUCCCAAGAACAACAACUGCCACCGUGAUGCUUUCACUGUCUCCUUCAUAAACUUCCUCACAUCAGUGCUGGCUACGUUGGUGGUGUUUGCUGUGCUCGGCUUUCGCGCAGCUUCGGAAUGUAUCGAGAGUAACUUGAAGCUGCUGUCAGAGCAGAUCAGAAGCGGUUCUGUGGACAUAAACAUGAUUCCAAGAUUUGACUACUCUCAGCCCCGUACUGUUACCCUGGAAGUCUACAGGACGUGGUUCAAACAACAUGGAAGCCAUAUACCUGCAAAUUUAACUGACUGCAGCCUGGAGAAGGAGAUGCAGAAGGGUGUGGAGGGAACCGGCCUCGCUUUUAUUGCCUUCACAGAGGCCAUUUCUUUGUUGCCUGGCAGCCCGUUCUGGUCAGCCCUCUUCUUCCUCAUGCUGCUCAACCUGGGCCUCAGCACCAUGUUUGGCACCAUGGAAGGCAUCCUCGCCCCACUCACCGACCGAUUCAAGACUCUGGCAAACAACAAGACUAAACUCACAAUUUUUAGCUGCGUCAUUGGAUUUUUGAUUGGCCUUCUCUUCACUCAACGCUGUGGCAACUACUUUGUCAUGAUGUUUGACGACUACUCAGCCACCUUGCCUCUCAUCAUCGUGGUGGUGUUUGAGACCUUCAGCGUGUCUUGGCUAUAUGGAGCUGAUAGAUUCCUGGAUGACAUCGAGGCAAUGCUAGGCUGGCGACCUAAUGUGAUCUACAAGUACCUGUGGAAGUACAUUUGUCUGUUGGCCAUGUUAGGACUCUUGGUGGCCACCAGCAUUCGCAUGUGCAUGGAAGCACCAACUUACCUUGCGUGGACAGAAGAGACGGCUUCUGAGACGAAGGUACCAUACCCAGGCUGGGCUCUGGCUGUCUUAGCUUUGCUCAUCAUAUUUGCCAUGUUGCCCGUCCCCCUGGGCUUGAUCUACACUCUUCUCCAGGACAGAAUGAGAAGACUGUCUGGUGAUAAAAUGCCUGGUCAGUACAGUAUUGUUAACACUGAGGACAAGUGUGAAACCCCAAUGACUGACUUGUCAGGCCUGAGCCAAUGCAACGCAGAUGGAGAUUCUUGCUAACGUCUGGGUGGUCCAUUCCCAUUACACGUUUGUACAAGUCUCGUUGAUUGUGGACUACCCAAAUGUGACUUUGCUAUUGUUAUCAAUUCACACAAAUGAUGAACUUCUCAUUCUGUUUUUUUUUAAGUCAUUUCAAAAGCCAAUGAAGCAAUAUUCUAAAUUUGAACUAUUUACAUUUUGUCAUGUCUUGACUAGACUCUACAUUUUUACAACAGUACAGGAGAAGGGACAUGCACAACAUUUACUGUAUGGCAGUGAAGACAACCGAUUCAGUGUUCUAGUCUCAUUUGCCAUCAAUUGAUUGUAAAUACACUAGAUCGGGUGUUUUCAAGGUGUGGCGCAGUGAUCCUCCCCUCGGAGAACAUAAUUCGGUUGGGGCCUCCACUACUCCCCAAAAAACUGCUAUUCUGUAUCAUAUAGUAUUUUGUGCUGUUUUCUGCUGACCCCUUUGGUCAUUGUUGGAAGUAAAAUCAAUUCAUUUUGCCUUUAAACAUACUGUAACUGUUUAAAGUUACUAAGUUAUCUUAGUAGGUUUCAAAAAUGUUUUUCCUUAUUUUCCUCAAGCUGCUGCGCCGGGAACGAGGGGAAGCACUUUUAAAACUGCUGUACAGCACUCACCAAUUCAAAUAAUAGGUGAAAACCAGUAAAAAUUCCAGUAAAAGGUGAAAACGGGCUCAUUCUCACCACCAUAGUUUUAAAUAUUUUUUGUGUAGCUGCAAUAUUCUGUUGUUAGGUUGAUAAACGUGGUUGUCAUGUUUCUCUACGGUUUGUUGUUGACCUCAAUCUAGACAACAACACAAACAGUUCUGGAAUGUAAAUAUCUUGGUGAAUGUGCGAGGUGACAAGCACGCAACAAGUUUUUUAGUUUUAAAAGUUAAGUUGAAAACAUGGACCAUUUAAAUUACUUGCUUUAAUGUGUUUUUUACAUUCAUUUAUUCAUUCGUUGUCGACUACUUACCCUCUUCAGGGUCACUGGUCCCAGCUGUUUAUUUGCAUCAGUUUUCAUAGCAUUGUGUAAAUAAAGUUCUUGUUCUUGUCUAUUUCAGGGGUUUACUGUGAAAGAUAAUGUUUGAAUGCUGCCAAUUCCAAGUGCCUUUAAAAAAAAAUAAAAAAUAAAAAAAAGACUGAUUACGUCAUGUACAGUUAGAAAAACAUUUAAGUUACGGUCUGUACAAAUGUUUUGCCAAGAAAAUGUAAUUUAAUUCCUCUGUGUAAUGUUUUUUCUAUAAAAACAUUUUUUUUUAAUUAAAAUAUUUCUUUCAGCACAUUUUUUGUGAAUUUUUUUUUUUUUUUUUUACUGACUGUACAUACAUUGUUUUUCUCUUGUAUUUAUUUUGGCAAACGCCCCGCCCUUUUAGUGCUCUUGUUUUGUUAGUGUCUCAGUGUGCUAAUCACUCUUCAAGGUCGUCUUUCAGCUUGUCAGUGCUUUGACUGUGAUACACAUUGAACACCCCUGUUUUGCAUUUCCACUUUUUUAAAAUAGUAAAAUAUAUACAACUUUUAAAGUUUUGUCCUCUUAAGGCUGUGCACACUGUGAAGUUGUGGUGCAUCAUUUUUGAUACUGUAUUAGCAUAAAACCUUAACAAGGUGUGUCAUGAGAGAAAAGCAAUGUGUUGUUCAACUGCUAAACUUGCAUAGAUGUCCUUUUCUUUACUCUCUUAUGGUUCUAGAACACCUGUGUGUGUUUGUAUGCAUGUGUGGAAGACUAGUGACUGUAUUGUACAGUGUCCCCUGUGGAAAGACUGCGUCUGGGGAGCUCAGUUGUCUUGGAUGCACGUUCUCUUGUGAAGAACAAGGAGGCAGACAGGACUGGGAACAACACCUGCUUCCACUUCAGUUGACCCUCAUGACGGACCUGUUCACUCUCCUGCUGCUGCUUCCACUGAGCAGCUCCCUGCACUCAAAGCGGGAGAUCUACACCCAUCAGGACCCGGCAAUAAUCCCUCCUCCAGUUCAACUGAGAAACCAAGACAGCACGCAUCAAAAUGCAAAAUAUGCACUUGCAGACCAAGACAAGACCAAGGUGGGCAUUUUUAUUGCUGCAGCCGCUGGGAUGUGCGCGCUGAUGGCUGCUGUGUACUGUAUCUACCACAAGCUCUACAACAAACAACCUUACAUGCAUGCCCAGCUUCACGAAGACACAGAUCCAAUGGGUCCUCCACCAGUGUUUUUCAAAGCUUCAGUGGACUCCAGUCCGGUGGCUGUGCAAAGAGCAAGCUAUGGCUCCCUUUCAGGCACGCCGUCCAUCAUCUCUGUCCCCCCCUGUGUGUCCCCUCCUCCUUCCGCCAUGCCCUUUCCUCCCUUUUUUGCCCCCGCCUCCUCUCCCUCCUCCUCACACUCCCUGAGGACCAUAUCAGCGAAAGACCUGCAGAGGAGUUGUAUCUGAAUGGGAAGUGUAGCUGCAGCUGUUCUUUCAGUGUGCACUUACAGUAGCUUUUUGCACACAAGUUUUAGAAGAAUUUUAGGCAAUUGAUACAAUUCAUAAUAACAUUUUAUCACAUAAUUUAGUUUCUUAACCUGUAAGAGAUCUUGGGGACAUUUUGUGCCAUUCAGUUUUUUUAUUUUCAAGCCAUUUUGGCUGUGUUAAUUGAAUGAAUAUUGGUGAAAUUUUCCAGAGGAUAUUUAUUUGUAAAACACCUCUGUGACUUAAUUUGCCCAAAAUGGCAACGCUAGACAAAAACAUUUGUGCCUCGCAACAUAAAACGUCCCACCUGAAAUGCCAUUUUUAAUCCCUUAUUUAGGUUGACAAACUAAUGCAAUCCUUGUGCACCAGAUGGCGCUGCCUUUUCCACCGUGGUGUAGCGAAAGACAAUAGUAGUUGUAAAAGUCUGACAUUUUUAAAGUGGACAAAAAUGACUAAUAUGAUACUUUUACAAAAGUUUUUCUUGCCCUGUACUUGUAGCGACCAUUUAAUCAUUUAUUAAUGAAUGUAAUGAAAUGUAACCUUCCUGACACCUAGUGGCCAGUGUAGUAGAAUACUACGGCAAUGGCGCAGUGAACAUUGACACACGAGUUGCUGACAGCCACAACUCACGACAGUCACUGGCACUCUCCACACUGCUAACCAAGUUAGCACUCAGCAACUCUAGCUAGCAGACAUCACACCCGUCACUUCUCAGGCCCCGCCUCUUAUAGGCGCACAUAACGUCGUAGAUAUUACGCUCCAUAUCACAUCUUCUCAAAACCUUAUAUUUGUGUUUUUGUUCAUUUAGCCAUUUUUAUGAUUGAAAAUGUUUAAUUUGGGCCAAGAAUGCGUACAAUUUGAUUAUAUAUGCAUAUGUUUUGUAUUACAGUCGGUUGUAUUCAACCACAAAACGGUGAUCAUUUCCUAAUUUUUGAAAACCCGCGAUAGAGUGAGGGUGCGAUGUUUGAACCGUGGUGUAGCGAAAGACGAUUGUAGUCCUAAAAGUCUGACAUUUUUUAAGUGGAAAAAUUACUAAUAUAUGAUACUUUUACAAAAGUUUUUCUUGUCCUGUAUUUGCAGUGACUAUUCUUUUGUAGUGACUCCUGAACUGUAGUUAUCACACAUUAACUUUAAAUGUGUUCAAGUGGAUACCACAUAUGAACUAUAGUCAUUUGUGAAGUGGUG